AUUCCAGCUUUUAUGGGGGAAAAAGAAAAUAACCAAAUGCUAAUGGCCUUUUUUGUGACUAGUCGAUGAAGGCUUAAGAAAUGAGGAUGGUAAUGUUUGUCACAUCACUUUGCUGCAUUGGAGUUGGUUACUUAUACGCCAAAAACUAUGGAUAAUACCGAGAACUUUUCGAGCAUAAUUGUUGGAUCUCUCUCUUUUCUUUUUUUUGACCAAAGCAUCAUGGUUGUUCUAACCAUAUCUAAUGAAGAUUAAAAGAAGAAGAUGCAACUACAAAGCCGUCACCUUUCCUUGGGUUGGUUGUCAUUUUCAUCCAAUAAUUAUGUCAAAUGUAAUCUGAUCAGACUGCAUGGACUUUUGGGAAAGCAAAUUUUGGGCAUUGCCCUAUUUUUUUUUGUUUGCAGAUGAGCAUAUAUGUAUUUCUAUAUAUAGGUUUAAUCAUGAGCAACUGAAGUCCAUUGUUUGGUGGUUGAGGUCCCCUAAAAUGUUAUGUUUGUUUGUUUGCAGUAAGUAUCAAAAUUAAGGAGAUUCAUUGCUUGGUAGUUGAGGCCCCUGUGGUGUUUCUGUUUUGCAAGUGAAGGUUGGUUUGAAGAAAUGGUAUUCCUUUCCUUAGUUUUGGUGAGUUUGGUGGAAAGUAAAUGAGUAGUGUAGAAGAAACCUUGAGAGAACUUUUUACUCCACUCUUCUCAAGUCUUUAGUGCAUAUAAAAAAGCACUCAAGUUAGUUUAAGUCAAUUCUUGGGGAUUCUGAGAUAGGUACCACUUUUGGCAAUGGCUGAUGUUGAAAGUGUUGAGAAUCUCCGAGCUGCACAAAAAAUCUUGAGGGCUAGUCUAGAGAAAUCUACUGCUAUUUCUUCAAAGCUAGAUGAAAUCGGGCCUAGAUUGGAAGAUAUUAGGCAGAGAUUGCCAUCUUUGGAAGCUGCAAUUAGACCUUCCUCCAUGCAAAAAUGUAGUUACUUUGCAAUCAGGGACCAAAUCAAUGGUGCCAUUGGCCCUGCUGCUGCUGUUCUCAAAGUCUACGACGUCGUCCGUGAGCUCGAGGAGUCACUACUCUAUGAGUCGUGUGAUGAUCUUUCUGCUUAUCUUUCAUCGAUGAAAAUGCUCGAAGAAGCUUUGGGAUUUCUUGCUGACAAUUGUGAGCUGGCCAUUCAGUGGCUGGAGGACAUUGUUGAGUUUUUGGAAGAUAAUGUUUUUUCCAAUGAUCAAAGCCUUUUGAAUGUGAAGAAAUCUCUGAGGAUCUUACAGGAGUUGCAUGAAAUCGAGGAGCGUGCUCAUCUUGAUGGAGGAGCUCUCAAUGCUGCAAUCAACAAUCUUGAGACUGAAUUCAGGAGUCUAUUGAUGGAGAAUAGUGUUACAACAACAACCUGUGCUACUUUAUUACCAUUAACUAUGCCUGUAGUCCAAAAGCUUCAAGCCAUAGCUGGGAGAUUGGAUGGUGAUUAUCGGCUUGAAAAGUGCAUAGUCUUGUACAUUGAAGUUCGGAGUUUGAAUGCGGUAAGAAGCUUGCAGGCUCUUGAUCUGGACUACCUUGAGAUACAAGUCACCGAAUUUGAUGACAUCCAGAGCAUUGAGUCUCAUAUUGAUCAAUGGUGCAAGCAUUUGGAGUUGGUUGUGAAGGACCUAAUCGAGCUGGAGUACAAACUCUGCAACGAUGUCUUUGAGAAGAUAGGAUCAGAUGCUUGGAAGCACUGUGUUGCAAGACUGGCUGAGGAGUUUAGACUAAUUUAUUUCCUUCAGUUUGGAAGGAAUGUCACCAAGAUGAAGAAGAACCCUCUCAAGCUCUUGAAGCUAUUAGAUAUGUUUGCACUUAUGGAAAGUCUAAGAUCAAAUUUUAACCGCCUUUUUGGUGGAGAAGCCUGCACUGACAUUCGGACCCUGACAAGGGAACUAGUGAAGACAGUAGUGAAUGGUGCUUAUGAGAUUUUCCAGGAACUUCCUUGUCAAGUGGAGAUGCAGCGGCGAUUUUCUCCUCCCCCAGACGGUGGCAUUCCCGGGUUAGUAAGCUUUAUAACUAAUUACUGUGACCAAUUACUAGGGGAUGACUAUAGGCCACUAUUGGCCCAGGUCUUGAAGAUCCAUCAAAGCUGGAAUCAAGAUGUGUAUGGAGAUGGUUUCCUUACCAACCACAUUAUUAUUAUAAUGAAGGAAGUUGCGCUAAAUCUGGAUGCAUGGUCCAAGGCAUAUGAAGAUAUCUGCCUCUCCUACCUUUUCAUGAUGAACAAUCAUUGCCAUUUCUGUCAGCUAAAAGGCACAAAGCUCGGCGAUAUAAUGGGAGAUUCUUGGUUAGGAGCUCAUGAGCAAUACAAGAACAAUUGUGCAGCUCUCUACUUGAGACAAUGCUGGGGAAAGCUUCUGCCUCUUAUAAGUCAAAAGGAUUUAAAUUCAUUUCAGGAGUCUGAAAAGAAGACGCUGAAGGAAUUCAAUGAGCGUUUUGAUGAAUUGUACAAGGAGCAGUCCAAUUGGGUCAUAUGUGACGAAAACUUGAGGAGAAAAGUAUGCCAGAUUUUGGUGCAGGCGGUUGUACCAGCUUAUAGGAGCUACAUGCAAAAGUAUGGGGUUUUGGUUGAACAAGAUGCAAGUGCUAGUAAAUAUGUGAAGCACACAGCACAAAGCUUGGAGACUAUGCUUAGUUCUAUGUUUCAGCCUACACUGGUCAAGAAGUAUUGCAGCACCAAACAUAUACGCUUUGGUAAGCUGAGAAACCUGGUGCAAAAUCAAUUUCGUGUAACUCUUACAGCUAUGUGAUCACCUCUAUUAGUGAUGUGGUCUAAAAGAAAUUGUAGAACUAGUAUUGAUUAUUGGAUUCUUACGCUACAGAUGAAUCAGUUAUGAGUAAAACAUACAACAAUGUGACUUGUAUAUAUGCUACUGUUUCUGUUGUUCGAUAAAGCAAAAAAAACUAGUUGUGUUCAAUCUGUGCCUGAGAAAUAUGAAAACCAAUUAUGUAUUGCAAACUUGUUAUAGUCCCACAAAAAAAUGGUAAUGUUCAUUCUCUUCCUUAA